GGUCAUCCACUAAAUCCAAAAUGGCGGCGCCAGUUUGUCUUUUGGGGCGCAGAUUUUACACGUUGAGAUCUAGUCCUAUUUUACUCCUUUCACGGAGUUUUGCCGCUAAAAGACAUCGAAGAAAACGAAUACUUGCGCCAUACGAAAAUCUCAAGCUCCAAGAUAACAACGUUUAUUUACUGAGUGAUAGAGACCCCCCUAAGCACACCUUCAGUGAAGCCUUGAGUGCUCUACGCGCGUAUAAUAUUUCAUUGAGUGGGAUUACAGACCAGAUUGUAGAACUUCACCUCAGAGUUGACAUGGGAGAAAAGAAGAAGAGCAAGCUCAAUCCUUUCCAUGGUCUUAUGUUGCUUCCUAAACCAUAUGGAGUGGAAAGAAAGGUUCUUGUUUUUGCUAAGGUAAAAGGCUGUAAUGUAUACAGUAAUAGGAGUAUUUCUUAUAUAGACACAAGUGUUUUAUUGGAAAAUUAUAUGCCACUUGUUAAGUUUGUUGCUGCUGGGGAAGUGACAGACUUUGAUCAGUGUCUCUGCACCCUGGAAUUUCUGGACAAAAUGAAACCGUUACAGCAAAUACUUAAAGAAAAGAUGCCAACAACUCGAAGAGGUACUGCAUCUGAUGACAUUGCCUCCGCCAUCGAAACAUACAAAAAGGGUCAUCCAUACAAGUGUGACAAGGAUGGAAUCAUCGAUAUUGGAGUAGGAAAGCUCAGCUUUACUGAUUCAGAAGUAAGAACAAACACUGCAGCAGUGUUAUCUGCUAUUUCCACACACAGGAUAUCUACCAAAGGUGCAUUCUUUCAGGAGCUCGACAUUUCAUAUGCAACUGGUCCCAGAUAUCCUCUUCAAUUGGAGGAGUGGGUUGGGUGAUGAACUGGUGAUGGGCAGUGUAUCAGUGAUCACACAAAAACGAAAAAUAACGAGAACAGAUCCACAAAGCCGUUGGAAUGUGAAAGAUUCUCCAUUAGAGGAUGAAGUGAAAUGGAUUUAUUACAUGUGGCUGCUGGUUCCUGCUUAUUUGUUGCACCAGUUGAAUUAUGUUUUUCUAACUUCUUCAAAUGUAUUCAUGGCUUCAAAGCAGUGAAGGCAAUUUCUACCUGCAAGCUGUUAAUGUUACUGUUUUAGAAACAUGAAUGGUACACAGUGGCCUCCAAUACUCUCUGACAAAGUUGUAACAAUUUGGAAGUAACACUCAAACGUACAUACUUCGAUUCCAAGAAGGUUUAAACGGUACAAACGACUGUGCUAUCAAACCAUUGGUGGAAGAUUGGUGAGGAUACAGAGAGACACUGACAGACCUCCUCACGACAUGAAGCCUGCGUGGUUGACCUGUACUCACAACUAAUUUUCCAGGCCAAGACUUCGUUCAAUGUUGCCUCAAGAACGUGAAGUAUCUUGUGCCUUAAGAGAAAAACAACAUUGCACAGAGGGGUAGCAAAGUAACAAUCAAACAAUUUGGUGAAACUUUAGCAUAGCUGAGUUCAAUUGUAAAUAAAAGUAUCGAAAACAAUGA